ACAUUGCAACACAAAAGCCGAGAGGGAGGAGCGAGCCUUCCUCCUGCUGCUCGGGCUGAGCAAAAAAAAGGGCGCUUUGGCACCCAGCAACCCGUCAGAAAGCAGACCGGUGCAAGGAGCAGAAGCAGCCUCGGCUUGGGUCGGUCUUUGGUGAAAACUGGUCAGGAUGGGAAACUUCCAUGAAUUACUGGAUCAUGAAGUCACUAUGGCAUUUAUGAGAUAUGGAACCAUCGUUGUAUUGAAAAUGAUGCUCAUGAGCGCCAUCACAGCUUUCUUCCGAAUGAAGAAAAAGGCAUUCGUUAAUCCUGAAGAUACAACAUCGUUUGGAAAAGGAGAGAAUGCGAAAAAGUUCCUAAGGACCGAUCCUGAUGUGGAACGUGUACGCAGAAUCCACCUCAACGACCUGGAGAACAUUAUUCCAUUUCUGUUUGCUGGGUUCUUCUACUCCUUUAGUGGCGUGUCCCUCUCUACCGCUUUGCUGCACUACCGAAUUUUUCUUGGUUCUAGGAUCUUCCACACCAUUGCUUACCUGGUACCUCUUCCCCAGCCCAGUAGAGGGUUGGCUUGGAUGGCUGGUUACUUGGUCACCUUUUCAAUGAUGUACAAGAUUAUAAUGAUUGCUUUCACUGUGUCUUAGAAAAGAAAGCUAAGUUGUACUUCGGGGGAGUGCCUUAUCCAAACAAUAGAAGAGAAUGUAUUGAGCUUCGAGUUGAACUGUGGAGUCCUUGGUGCUCUCUGGACUUGCUUGUUUGCUUGCAAAUGUUACAUGACCCAACUAGGUAACACUAUCAGUGCUAGUGAGUGUGGAGUCUGCUCCCCGUGCUGCUUCUGGUGGGAGUGUGGUUUUCUCCUUGGUGCUUUCUCGAUUCAAGGAAUUAUUCAAGGCCAUGUAAACAUGGCAAAUAAAUAAACCUGCCUGAAUCAAGGAAUUGCCAAAGAGAAAAAGGACGGCCCCAGUAGCAGGACAAGCUACUGUAUAUGAAUGGAGCAACCUCCCCACACUCGCUAGCAUUGAUAAUGUUACCUAAUUGGGUAAUGAAACGCCUGCAAACAAUCAAGCUGAACAAGCACCAAGGACUCCACCAUUAAUUCUUCCUCAGAGAAACUCCUUCCUACCUGCCUCCCAACUUUCCAGCGCAUACCUGUGCCUCCUGGGAUGUUGGAUCUCUCCACUGCCUUCUAGACGUGACACCCCUGGAGUUCUCUUUGCCAUUGUGUGCUGAAAUUGAUGUAUGGAGGGUCUUGUUUCCAAGGUCCCUGAUCCUUCCUCUUAACGGAGCAUCACCCAAUGAUAGCGCAAAUGCUUUGUGUCCUAGGCACCACCUCUGUUAGCAUAAAAAGUCACACAUAAGGCAGCGGUUAUAUUCUCUGUCUCCCGUUCCUUCCUCUCACUCUCAAUAUGUCAGAAAUUCAGUGUGAGUGAUUAAAUCUGAGGCCAUUAUAUACACAAAACAUUGGCCCUGCCACUGAGGUGAUUUCUCUCCACGAUGUCGCCUUUUUUCAAAGUCACUGAAGCCGGUGGCCUCUUUAUCCUCUGUUGUUCUCUUGUCUAACGCUCGUGUUUUCUAUUUUUCAAACAAGAUUGCGAUCCAUGAACGUUCAUGGGGGCAGUUUUCUUUGCGAGUGUCAAAUGUGGAAGACUGACAAUAAAACAGUGUUCUCUAACUUAGGCCCAUCAUGAUAUGUUUGGGUCAUUAUCAGUAGUUCUGGCUUGGUAGUAACAAAAGUUGUAGGCCACAUUUAGAGAGCUGGAAGCUGGAGAACACUAUUACAAAAAUGGCUUCCCUCUUUGCCCUUCCAGUUACAUCAGUUUGGCGACUGUUGACAAACAAACCCCCAAGGGGAGAUUUCUAAUUUGAUCCACCAACUCUUCCUUGGAUUUGCUUGCAAAACUUCCUUGUUUUCCGGAGGAAAUCUCAGGAUGAACCAGGAAUGGGUAUUGUGAUGUCCAAUUGGCCUUGAGACAGUUAAACUGAAGCCACGUCUCUGCGCUCCUUGCUUCUGGCCCCCAGUUUUCAACUCUGUCUGGCCUAAGCGAGGCUGUUGCUUUUGGCUCCUCACAUCCAAAACUCAGUCCAGAUUCAUCCUGCUUCAAAUUCCUCCCUGCCUUCCCUCACCUGCCUCCAUCUGCUUCCCUGAGGUCUCCCCUGUUUGCUUCAGUGUUAUGAGAGAAGGGAAGAUGUUCUCCACUUUCUAAGACCUGGAAUCUGGCUUACCAUAAGUGAUGGUAGAAUCCCUUUUUCUGGGGUUAUUAAUUUUUCUAGGAUAUUAAUUCUUUCGCUAGUCAUUUUUGAGACACUGGAUUAUUUCUGUGAUAAAAGCAGAGCAUAUGAGAAGCAGAUAUGUUCCAUCUUGAGUGGUUGAGGUACAAUCUUCCAGAUGGCUUUGGAAUAUGACUCCUUUUCUCCCUGGUGAUUAGCUAUGCUAAUUGAUCAGCAUUGGAAGUUCAACAGUAUCCAGAAAGCCAUACAUUUUGGUAGGCCCUAGGAUUGUAGAUCUGAGAAGUUAACAGUGCAUUUGAAACUCACAAAGUAUGUCUUUAGCCCUGUUAACUUCCCAUCUUCAUCCUCAGUUGAGUUCUUGGUUUGAUC